AUGCCCUCUUAUCAUUCUUGUCCAGAUAUUCAAUCUACAAGCGAUGGCUCACAGCCUCAGCUACCCGUAGGAUGGCUUAUAACUGGACGUAGAUGUUCAGCUAUGGAACUCGAAACAAAUAUUCGGACCCUCGGAGAACUCUAUGAUACACUUACCGCCCUUCGUAAUCAACUCCCAAGUCCUAUAGCAAUCGACCUAGAAAAUAGUCAUUUGUCCCCUUUCUUUGAUAAUGUACCUCACAAACCAGAUAUUACAUUGACAAGAAAUAGCAGCUCAAGUUUGAGUAGUCUACCACAAUGUUCAGGCUUGGAGACACCAAUGUAUGAAAAACUGGCAAAAUAUCCAAUGACUUUGGAUAAUUACCCAAGCACAAUCUAUGAGCCACUUGUUCGGUUACACCUCAAUUGUACAUCUUAUCCUCGGACAGACAAAGAUGCUUUUAUUGAAGCGCAUCGUACAGGUAGUUUUUCUCAUCCGGCACUGACCUGCGCAAUGUACGCUCACAGUGCCAUCCACUCAUUGUAUUGUCAUCCUGAGGCUAUAAUUGAAGCUUACCGUCCACUACUUUUUCAGAUGGGAAAAGAUUGUUAUGAUAUGAGCCGUGAUCUCUUGGAGUUUGACCUUGUCACUCCAGAAACAAUCGAAACACUGGUACUCAUGCACCUUUAUCUUGUUCGGGUCGGUGACCCUGACUCUGUUGGUGAGGCCAGCAAUCUUUUGUGUCUUGCCAUUCGACAGCUGACGAUGCUUCCGAAACGCGGCAGACAAUCCGACAAGAUUAAUAGACUCUGGGCAUGGGUAGCAAAGCAUGAUCUAGCUCAGGCUACCCGAUCUCACACAUCACCUUUAUUACCAGUUGACCAUCCAACCCAAUCAUUAUCGUAUUGUUUCCCAAAUUACCAAGAUAUUCCAUACUCAGUACUAGCUAUAGAAAAGGCAGGCCUGAGUUUAUUGGCCGAGUCUUUCCAGCAGUCUUCUGUUGCAGUCAGUUUAAACCGAUUGGAGGAGUGGCGAACAAAUGGCCUACUAGCUCUAGGGGAACUCAACUUGAUGUCAGGAUACUCGUCGAUUACUAAUCUCACGCAUCUAGAAGAAUUAUACUUCAUCGGUCGCUUACAUAUUCAUGAAACCGAAAUGAUGGAAGCUUUUGGGUCUGACGAGAGUUGGUGUCACAGUACUUGGGAUGAUUACUUUAACGAAAAAAGGCAAGAAAGAGAACAUAAGAUUGAAAGGGCACUUGAAGCUAGUAUGCAAGCUGCUUUUGGUCUGGUGGGAGUCACAAAAAAGUACUUUGACGCCAACUACCUGUGCCGGUUUCCAGAGACUAUAGAAACAUUGUCAGCGGCGUGCACCAUGCUGUACUUUGGAAGCAAAAUGUCAAUUCAACCAGUCGCAAAACAAUCAGAGGCAGCUCUCAUCUAUUUAGUAAAUUCUUUUGAAUCCACGCCUUCUUUGAUGCACAAUAUUUAUGUUCGCCAAUUCGUAGAAAAGUGGCGUACUUUAUCUUGA